CCGGUGGCCAUCGCGGCCGCGCCGCCGGCCAUGGCGGCGGAGGAGGAGGACGACGUGGAGUGGGUGGUGGACACGAUCGCCGGGUUCCUGCGGGGGCCCGCCUGGUCCAUCCCCAUCCUGGAGUUCAUGGAGCACAACUGCGAGGUUUUUGAUGAUGAAGAAGAAAGCAAGUUGUCUUACACAGAGAUUUAUCAGGAGUACCAAGCUCUGGUGGAGAGGUUGCUAGAGGACUAUCUCAAAGAGGUUGGAAUCAAUGAGGAGAAGUUUCAAGAGGCUUUUUCAUCCCCACUUGCAAAGACUCACACCUCACAGGCCAUCCUGCAGACAGUGUUGGCAGCAGAGGAUUUUAGGCUAUUUAAAAAAAUGAUGGUGCAGAAAAACAUUGAAAUGCAACUGCAAGCCAUUCGGAUCAUCAAAGAGAGGAAUGGUGUGUUGCCCGAGUGUCUGACAGAGGGCUCUGAUGUGUUCAGUGAGAUCGAGCAAGAAGAAAUGAAAAUACUCAAGGAGGUUCUCAGAAAAUCCAAGGAAGAAUAUGACCUAGAGCAGGAAAGAAAGAGGACUGAGGAGGCACAAGCUAAACUCAGAGCACCAGAUGCCACCCACAGUUCUCCAGGGAAUUCGAGAGGAGCUGUCAAAGUAAAGGAGUCCACAGAGGGAGCUGAGGGUGCUGCAGAAACUGCCAGAUGUCCCCCAGAGGGAUCUCAUAAAUCUCCGAAGGAAGACCUAAAACCAGCCUGCCCAGUACAAAAAGGAACUGAAAACUUACCUCAGCCCUCCUGUGCCAAGGGGAAGGAAGACACUAAGAAGAGGCCUGGGAAACACUCAGAGAGCACAGCACAGAAAGCUGGGGGAAAAGGGCCUAGUUUAUCAGAAACCGAACAACAGGAGCUGAAGCAACGUGAGGAAUAUCUGAAGAAAAAAAGAGACCUGCUGCUGGCCACGAAGAAAGAGUCCAAAACCAGGGCACCAACCCCCCCAACCACAGACCAGAAGGAGGAGGAGACACCCAGACAGGAAGUGUCAGAAGAGAAGCAGAGGUUGCUCCAGAAGAGGAAGAUGCUGGCAGAGAAACUAAAAGAAGAGGUUAUUAAUAAGCGAUAGCUUCAAGAGCUCCCUGCAGGCCCCAGGAACAGAAGGGUGUUCUUAGAACAAGUUCUGUCAUCACUGAGUGAGGGGGUUUGGUUUCCAGUCUCACCCUUUAGCUUUAUAGAACUCUCAGACAAGCAGCUCCGUCCUUGGUAAAUCAGUAUUUCGGUUACACUGACACACAGCACGAGCUCUCCUUUUCCAAGCGCUGGGAAUUCCCUGGCUGUGCAGCAGGGAGGCCCUGGGACACCCUGCAGUGCCCAGGCCUGGCUCGGCCUCUGCAGAGCCUGGAGAAGGGAAGCAGAGAUGGAGAGCAGGUGAAGUCAUUCCUAUGGCAACAAGUCAGAGCUAGACAUUGUAACUUUGGCAUUUUUAACAGUACAGGACUUGGUCCCUUUAUUAGCCCGUUAUAAAACCACUCUUUGGCAGCUGUGCAACGUAAUAAAGUCCAAUUCCCCAAGGAAGUGCAACCUUGGCCACCUCAUUUUUAAGAAAGGUAGUGCAGCUUAGGGGUAGAACUCCAGCUCACAGCCUUUUACAGACUGCUGGGGCACUUUGCCAGCCCCAGGGCCCAAGUUUGCUACAAACACAACUUAAAUUAAAGGAAUUGCUUCAGUUGCAAAGUCGGGGCUGUCCCCAGCAACUCCCUUCAAGAGUAGGAGAAAUCUUUUUAAAUCCUUUACUGGUUUGGCCUUGAGACACUGGAAGUGGGGGGAAGAGACCCCCCUUUGCCCAGGGCAUCACACCCCUGACUGCCCCAGCAACCCACAGGAAAAGAGACAAACUCACCUGGUCAGGUUCCACGUAAUUUUUAUUAAAAUAGCAUUUAUAACUGGUACAGUUGGCAGGUGCUCUGUUCUCCUCCAGAAAGGGGGGUAGUGGGAGGGCCCCAGGCAGGGGAACACACGGGGCUGGGGGAACCAGCACUGAGGGGUGACAGCCCCAGGCAAAGCCACCACAGAGUGCCGGGUGUCACCUCCUGGGACUGCAGGGUGGCUUCAGUGGGACGGCUCAUGCCAUUUGGAUCCUGGAAAAACUCGUGACAUCCUUGGUGUUGCUGUAAAAAAACCUCCUGCGGGUCUGUUUGUGAAGCUCCUGCCGGCACUUCAGCGAGGCCUUGGGGGUGAGAGCAGGGUCAGGGCUGAGCUGGGGUGGCUGUUCCAGAGGCUCAGGACACGCAGGUCACUCCAGGGGUGCAGAAGGUGAAGGCACAUCCAGUGCAGCUGCUGCUCCGUGGCCGGGCAGUUGCUGAGGAAGUUCCUCUUCCCUGGGGAAGCAAAGCCAGAGGCAGGUGGGGAUGGUGAGGCUGCAGCUCCACUUUCCCAUCAAAUGCUUCCUCAGAGCCGGAGCUGCUCCAUCCCACGGGUGGAAACAAGGAGUCCCAGCUGGGGGGCUGGAGCCCUCAGGGGCAGCACCACUGGCCUCAGGUCCAUCCAGGAGCUCACACCUUCCCACAG